AUGACCUUCUUGACGUCUCUUAGCACUACUACUAGCACCACCAUGAGACGGCAUUUGCUGCGACGAGCCUCCACACGACGGCAACCACGACGACGACAACAUCAACAAAGAGGAAUCAAAUCUCUGGCUUUCACCACUCAUUUUCUGCAUCCCGAUCUGGGCAUGACCGACUACGAAAAGUUGAGUCGCUCCACGGCGUUUCUGUUGGCGGUGGAUCCCCCCGAUCCCACGGGCGAAGGUCCUUAUGGCCAUUUGGAAGUCACUCAACACCAACGGACGGUUCGAGACUUUCAACGACAGCACAAUUACACUCCGGCCAUGGGAGGCACGGGAACCGCCAAAGACAUGGGAUGGUUGGAAUUCAUGCCACGAGAGCAUCGACCCAACGUUCAUGUCAUUACGUCCAGUCACGUCGUGUCGCCUUUUCUAUGGCUCGAUUAUUAUCCCUAUGAUUGGUUGACACAAGUCAAACAGGAACACUGCAAAUACACAUUGGAAGUCUUUGAUUCCAAAACUUCCAACAAGGAACCACUACGAAGCUACGAAUUACACAACACUCCGAUUCAUCAUCCAGAAGGACGGGAUGUCGUUUUUGUCCACUUGCAAGACGAAGAAACAGCACUCGACGAAAUGAAAAAAUUGGGAGUCGACGUACAUUAUCUACGAAACCCAGACAAACUAUUUGAAAAAGGAGAAACAAUCUACUUUGAUGGAUAUGUCGUUCACGACCCCCAAAAUGCCGCAACAACAAACGACAAUACCCCCAACGACUUGACUGUCGAAGAUACCCGCGUCUUUGAACCCUACCAAGAAACGGGGACUCUGGCAUUCCACACCAACGACCGAUUCUUUGCUACCACGCCCCAUCCAUUACCCGAAGGACUCUGUGGCGCUCCGGCAAUAGAUGCCGAUGGAGAACUCUGUGGCAUUGUCGAAGGCAUUGUCCCCGUCGAUCACGAAAAUACAACCAUUGCCGGGAGUGCCGCAUUUUUGCCAUCUUUUGUACUGGCCGCAUUUGUCGAAUACGUCGAACGGUACAUGCUCGAACAAAUGAUGCCCAAGGACAUGUUCCAAAAUGUCGUACGAGCCAAAGAAACCAACGCCGUCGGUGGAGGAUCCUUCAGUGUGGGAAAGGAUGGAAUGCCAGCGAGUGAACAAAGUUGGGAAGAAGCCUUUGAAAAACAAGUGGCUUCCAUGAAAAAGAAGUAUAGCAAGGAAGAGAUGGAUGCCAUUUUGUGGAAUGUCAAGAGGGAACGAGAUGAAGUGAUGAAGAUUAUGAAUGAAGAAGGUGGCGAUUUGGAGGAAGCAAUCGCAAGGGUUCGGGCGGAAACUUUGGCUAUGCGACAACAUGCGAUCGAGGAGUACAAAAAGAAAGGGGGAUUGGCAGCGGAAGACAAAGGAGGAAAAUCCUAA